CUAGGCCGAUAUCAUUCACUACAUAGUCAUUUGAAAAAGACUAUAUCAUUUUGAUAAGAGGGUAGUCUGUUUCGCGUUUUGAUUAAUAUUAAUUACGAUUCAGAUAAAAGAUGGGUUGUAUUCUAUCUCGGAUGGGUUCUGCUUGUCUGUUCACUGAGUGCAUGUCUGUGGAGAGUCCGUCAAAGCUGUUAAUGAUUGGUCUGGAUGCAGCAGGAAAGACCACAAUUCUAUACAGGCUAAAGCUGAAUAAAACAGUGACAGUUAUCCCGACCAUCGGAUUCAACAUUGAGACCAUCACACCAGGACCAGGGAUAACAUUCGACGUCUGGGAUAUUGGAUAUUCUGAUAAACUCAGACCACUUUCGAAACAUUAUUACCCUGGAACACAAGGAUUUAUCUUUGUGGUAGACAGUCAAGAUCAAGAGCGUUUCUCUGAAGCCAGAGAGGUACUACACGAUAUGGUGUAUGCUAAUGAAAUGGAUGCAAAUAUACCCAUCUUAAUCCUUGCCAACAAACAAGAUCUGACAGGUGCACAUGACGUAACUAAGUUGAUCGACGUGCUCCAACUCCGCGACCUUACCCAGAAUCCUUGGCAUAUCCAAGGCGCAUGCGCCACAACUGGAGAUGGUUUGCACGAAGGACUAGAAGAAUUAUCAAACAUGAUCAGAGAAUACAAGAAAUCUUAAUAUCACUCACCAAGGAUAUUAAGAGUAAAAUGGAAUAGAAGACUCAAUGUCCGACGAUGCCCUAAAGGAAAUCACUCAGCUUUGAAAACUGUUUCUU